GUGGAUCGUGGAGCGGGACUGGCAACUCAGGAGGAGAAAUUUACACCAAGCGGGGAAACUGCAGGAUAUACAUUUUAUCUGCAGGAAAGGAUGUCUGGAUGACGCUCUCUCAACUCUGAAGAGACCGUGACCCUUAGCCCAGCCGUUGCCGAAGGAGCCACUAUUGGUGCCACCGUGUCUUCGACAGGGGUGCCUCUCAGGCCACCAGAAAAGCCCCGGCUGUUCCCCCGUCCUCCCUCCCCCCUGAUCCCCCUGUCCCCGAUUCCCAGCAACAUGUCCAUCGCCCUGAAGCAGGUGUUCAACAAGGACAAGACGUUCCGGCCCAAGCGCAAGUUCGAGCCAGGGACGCAACGCUUCGAGCUUCACAAGAAGGCACAGGCCUCGCUCAACUCGGGCGUGGACCUGCGGGCGGCCGUGCAACUGCCCCACGGUGAGGACCUCAACGACUGGGUGGCCGUGCACGUGGUGGACUUCUUCAACCGCAUCAACCUCAUCUACGGGACGGUCUGCGAGUUCUGCACCGAGAAGAGCUGCCCGGUCAUGUCGGGUGGCCCACGCUACGAGUACCGCUGGCAGGACGACAACAAGUACAAGAAGCCCACCGCCCUGCCUGCACCCCAGUACAUGAACCUGCUGAUGGACUGGAUCGAGGUCCAGAUCAACAACGAGGACAUUUUCCCCACCAGCAUCGGGAUCCCUUUCCCCAAGAACUUCAUCCAGAUCUGCAAGAAGAUCCUGUGCCGCCUCUUCCGGGUCUUUGUGCAUGUCUACAUCCACCACUUCGACCGCAUCAUCCUCAUGGGGGCCGAGGCGCACGUCAACACCUGCUACAAGCACUUUUACUACUUCGGCACCGAGCUCAACCUCAUAGACCGCAAGGAGCUGGAGCCGCUGAAAGAGAUGACAUCACGAAUGUGUCACUGAGCUGCAGCGAUUCCAGCCCUGGGACUAAAAGACUGCAAUGAGGCGAAGGAGAAGUUUUAAAAGCAGAGAAGAACCUUGCAAUCCCCCCGCCCUGCUCUUUACGCAGUGAAGACAGGGGGAAAAACGCACCAGCAGCGGCAGGAGUGACCGCAGCGCACGAUGACAUCACCCCACGACUCCCAACAGCCGGAAGGAAACCUGCUGCAACAUCUGGACGCAUGACAAAGAGCAUGCUCCGGCGGUCAUGCUCCUCAUGUUUAAGGGUCCCUCUCCAACAGAUGGCACCGACAGGGAGGGCGAACGUUUACACAAAUUAGCGAAACAGCACCACCUGCUGUUGAAACAAAAUCACAUGUUAUUACCAUGGUAGACCCUGGCAGAAGAAGUGGCUCCAAACCAAAAGCAAAGUGGGCAUAUUCAUCACUUUACAAUUUAAAUAUUCAUCUGUUGAUGAUACAACAGCUAUAAACCUUUAGCUUAUAUUGGUCAUGCUUUUUGAUAAUUCAUUAACACUACAAAAUAGGCCGUUGUGGGUUUUUUGGGGGGUUUCUUUGUUGUCAUUAUUGCUGGUUUUCCAAAAGGACAACAUGAAAUGGCAAGCCUGCUGUAAAGUGUAUCCUCUAUGCAUUAUACUGUAUUUCAAGUAUCCCAAACCAAAUUUGUGGUGAGAAUUGCUAAAUUGUCCUAUUGAUUUGAUGAAAUAAAGCAGACCUUCAUAGAUAGCUUAACAACACACUGUUUAUAUUAUAUAGGAGGUAGUAUUGAAAGAUAUCGGACUUAUACCAAAAGUGUGGUUGUGUCUGCCAUUAUAGUUUACAUACAGGCUAACUGUAGUGUUUCUUUAAUCAUUUUUGGAUCAGCAGAUUCCAGAUUUGUGGGACUUAGUAAACCAGAAGGAGUGUGUGAUGCAAUUAAUCCUGUAUACUGUCUAUGGAACAAACUGAAAGAUAUUACUGUAAUGUGGUUCUGACUUCCUGCUUCAUACCACAGGUACUCCACAUUACUUUGUGGGAACUCAACAGGAAGCAAAGAUGGGGAUCAAGACAUUCAGCAUUAAAAGUCUGAGUCUCUCGUUUUCCCAAGCUCUUCGGGUUGUGGUUUCUAUGAAAUUCAGCAUACAGGGACAUUCGACAGUUAAGUUCAUUUUGAACAAUCAGGGGAGAGGCGAGUCUCUUUUGCAGUUUAUAGCAUGAUAAUGCGUUUUGACUGUGCUUUAGUUCCUCCGCCCCCUGGCCUACUUCGUACCACUGACGGGUUUGGCUCAGUGAUACAUGCCUAUGUCCUGGUGAUGAAUUCAGGGGCACGGUCACACGCUCUCCCAAACUUCAGAGACCUGUAGUUUGCAGGAAGACUGCAAGAAACAGGCAGCACUUUCUAAGCGAACCACUUGCUUCAAUCCUCCAAGGUAACAAAAGAGGUGUGUUGAUCUUUCGAAUGGAAUAUAGUUAACUUAUCAUUAACUCUUAUUUGUCUUUGC